UGAGAGCCUUUGUGUUGAGCCUGAUGACUUCAGGAGGAUUUCUCAAUGGGACAUUAAUGGUUUACACAGAAGAAAUGUCCACAACUGCAAGUCCAACCAUCCCCUCCUCACAGCUGACAUCGGACCAGCUCACAGUGGUCGCUGCAUCCUUUUCUUCUCUGGUGUUCUUUGUGAUAAUCGUGGCGCUGCUGUCCAUUAUUUACCGAAAGGAUCUUCAGUGCUGCAAACUCCGCUCCUAUCAGGGGCCACAUGCAGAUAUGGAUGCUCCUCCUCAGUACUACAGCAGCAGACAGACGCUGGUGGGAUCUGCCUGUCUGGAGCCGAAUCAGAUCCUGGACGACAACAACACUCAGGCCGGUCAGCUGUUCUUCGUCGGCGUGCCCUCCAGCUACAGCCUCCCCACACUGGAGGCCCCCCUGCCGAGGCUCCCCUCCUAUGAGAGCGUCCGAAAGAAGGACCGCCAGAGGCAGAUCCACAUGAUGAUAGCGGACCGCUUCGGCCUCAAUGGACCCAUUGUGACUGAGCCUCCUCCUACAUAUGAAGAGAGCAUCCGCUACUCGAUGGAUCUGCCGUACAACUUCCUCUCAUCCAGUCUGGACGUCUCCGCUCCUCAGAGCAUCUACACCAGCACAGUAUCUCCACCUCCACCUGUCAACUCUGACACCAACAGCAACGUUCUACCUGUGUGACUGAUCACUGAGCAAGCUUCUCAAUGAUGAAUGUGAAAGACAUGUGGAUCACGACUGGAUCCUUCACACGAGCUGAUUCAGAUACCUCAAGACUUUAAGAGAAGAGUUUAUGAUGAGAGACUGAUGAUGAAGGAGCAACCAAAGAGGAGCUUCGGCACAUUUGAAUGUUAAAAACACUCUGAGACAGUUACUGAUCUCGACCACGCUGAUGAAGUUCAACAGAGGAUCUCUGGAUAUUAAUAUUUACUGAGGUGGCUGGUACCACCUUGAAGAAGAAAGUCAUGGACUACAUCUUACCAAAAAGGGGAACCACUAUUUACCUUGUUGAUUAUACUGUGAGUGAACACCUGUCUUCUCUUUUAUUGUGCUGUUCCUGAGCCAGAGGCCUCAUUGUCAGGUUUGUAAUGUCAUCAGACACCUGUUUGUUUCCGUACCUGUCGAGGUCGAGCCAAACCGCCACGCAGCACGAGCUUCAGCCUACGAGAAGUAAAAAAAGGUGCUAAGAAGAGUGCCUUCAUGAAGUUAUAAUAAGACAUGUUGUUUUUUUUACCACCUUUACCUUUUUUUUACCAUGCUUAUUUUUUUUAUUUUAAGGCAGAUGGGACUCUUGAUGAUUUCUCUUAUAUUUAUAUCUAUAGAAACAUUGUUCUGUUCUCCAAAAGGCCUCAAGGAGCAGAGUGAACAGGAGCGAUUCUGGAAUUUCGUUCCGACUUCUUCAAUCCCGAAACCAACACUUUGGCUUUGGUCGUCAUUGGAUACCGAGUGCUGAUCUGAUGGAAGUGACUGGGAUCGAUCAUUCAUGUGUGAGGCAACAUCAGGUUUAAGUUAAACAUUGCUUUACUAACUUUGUGAAACAAAAUGAAACAAACAAAUACUUGGAUAUAAAUGUGCUGAAUUGUUAUUUAUUAAAAUAAUGCUAUCCACUACAAGAUUGUCCCAUUGUUGCCGGAACCAAGCUUUUUGAUUCAGUAUCGUACUGAUAUCAUUAUAAGUAUGUCUCUAGAGUUUUGUUUAUCACAUAAUGUUAUUUUUUGCAUCCUUCCAUGCACACGCGCUCCAAAUGCUUGUCCUGCACAUUGUCAUGUACUGUAUUUAUUGAAGAAAAAACAGUG